AUGGCAGUGGCCUUAGUGGCCAUUUGGACCCACAUUGAUGUGUCCGCCUCCCCACCAGGCCCGGUCAUCGAGUGUACGUCCGGGAACAGCAAUUGCACCGUGACCAACGGCUAUGGUUCUUUCCCUGACUGGACCACCUGCCAAGUGGCCUCGGUCGCAUAUCCAGCCAACGAGAGCGAACUGCUCGUCGUAGUCUCAAAUGCAUCAAUGAACAAGCAAAAGAUGAAAGCGGUCAGCGUCUACUCCCACAGCAUCCCCAAGCUAUCGUGCCCAGGCGGCCCCAGUGGAGCUGGUCUGGCCAUAAGCACCAUGCGGUUGAACCACGUGGUGAGCGUGGACUCGACCCUCAUGCGCAUGACCGUGGAGAGUGGGAUCACCCUGCGUGCGCUCAUCGAUGCCGCAGCUCAGAUUGGCCUGGCGGUCCCACCUUCACCCUAUUGGCUAGGUGUGACCUUGGGUGGCUUGACAAGCACGGGGUCGCAUGGAAGCUCGCUUUUUGGGAAGGGCUCAGCCGUGCAUGAGUAUGUUGUGGGGAUGAGGCUCGUUGUACCGAGUAAUGAGUCCAUCAACGGCUAUUAUGCAAGGAUCGUAGACCUUGGAGAAGAUGAUCCAGACCUUUUAGCAGCCAAAGUUUCUCUGGGUGUUCUAGGCGUCAUUUCUCAGGCAAGUGGCGUUGCAGCUGAGUCUUUCGGUCUACGCAAGCAUUUUGCCUGUGUCAAUGUGGAACACGUGUGCAAGAUCUGUCUCGAUCGGAUCCAUUGGAAUCUUGACCCUUCCUCAUCAGUUGGAAGAGUGGCAAUAGCUUCUCUACUAAAUGGGGUAGAAAAAUAG